UCCACUCCUACGGAAAUCACCAAACCAUGGCUUCCCUUCAAUUCUCCUUCACCGCUCUCUCCUCCGCCCCGAAACCCCGCAGCUCCCGCCUCCCUGGCCGGAGUCACCGCUCUCAAAUCUCAUGUAGCGGCGAUGGAGGCGGCGGCAUAGACCGCCGCAACAUGCUCCUAGGCCUGGGAGGUCUGUAUGGCGCGGGCAGCAGCCUCGGCCGCAAGGCUGAGGCUCUCCCGAUCCUGCCUCCCGACCUGAGCACCUGCGACCCCACAGGCGCCACCACCACCCGCCGCGUGGGUGACAAGCAGGAGGUCGUGAAGCUCGACGUCAACUGCUGCCCGCCCUUCACGGACAAGCAGGGAGACUACAAGCUCCCUGUCUUCACAAAGCUCAGGCGGAGGCAGUCUGCCCACCGCCUGAGCCCCGCAAACCUUGCUAAAUACAAGAAAGCAAUGGCGAAAAUGCGGGAACUCGACGUGACCGACCCGGACGACCCUAGGGGCUUCACGCAGCAAGCGAACAUCCACUGCGCUUACUGCAAUGGCCCCUACGACCAGGUCGGCCACCCCGGGGUCGACCUCCAAGUCCACAACUCAUGGACUUUCUUCCCUUUCCAUAGAUGGUACUUAUAUUUUUAUGAGAGGAUCUUAGGUGAACUCAUUGGAGACCCCACCUUCGCCUUGCCCUACUGGAACUGGGACAACCCCAGGGGCAUGAGCAUGCCCAUGGCAUUCGACGACCCAUCCUCGUCUCUGUACGACGAGGACAGGAAUCAGGCCCACCGCCGCCCGGCCGUGGUGGACCUGGCCCUGAACAGCGGCAUAACCGACCCGGUCCAGCUCAUCUCCAACAACUUGGCCCUCAUGUACAAGGAAAUGGUCAGCGAUGUCGAAACCGCCGUUGACUUUUUGGGGACCGAGUACCGAGCAGGCGACGAUCCCCAUGCCUUCGCCCUCGGGGGCACUUCCGAGCGUGGAUCCCACACUGGGAUCCACGCUUGGGUUGGAGACCCGAGAAACGACCUCAAAGAGGAUAUGGGAAACUUCUACUCGGCCGGGCGGGACCCGAUUUUCUACUGCCAUCACGCAAACGUCGACAGAAUGUGGACGAUCUGGGAUAAAAUCCCGGCGAGCUACUCGAAAAAGGUCGACGACGACGACUUCAAGAACUCGUCCUUCAUGUUCUACGACGAGAAGAAGAACCUCGUCCGGGUCAAGAUAUCAGACUGCUUGGAUCACAGGAAGUUGGGAUACGAGUACGAAUACAGCGACACGCCAUGGAUCAACUCAAGGCCGCCGCAGAGGGCCGUCCCGGCCAACCUCAAGGAGCUCGCGAAAGGGCUCCCGACCGCAGACAAAGUCUUCCCUCUCAAGCUAGUGAAAACAGUCAAGUUUCUGGUGCCGAAGCCGGCAAAGGGGAAGGCGGACGAAGCGCUAUUGCUGGAGAAUAUCGUCACGGAUAACAGCAAGCUCAUCAAGUUUGACGUGUUCAUCAACGAUGAAGACGACAAGCCUGAUGAGCUUGACAGGGCUGAGUACGUCGGGUCGUUUACUCAGCUGCCGCACAGGGUUAAGGGGAAGGAGAGCGUGAACAAUCUUCGGUUGAACUUGAGGGAAGUGUACGAGAACAUCAACAUUGCUGAUGAUGAUGCUGUUGUUAUCACCAUUGUUCCGCUGAUCAGCGGCGACGCGGUCACCAUUGGUGGUAUUAAGAUCAUUCGCCGCCGGCCGCGUAAGUAGUCUGUUGAUGUUGGUAUUUCUCGACUUCACUUCGCUCUUUUCUCUUUUCCGGUGUGUUUUGUGUGAGAGAAUAAGCCUUUGGUUAUGCAUCUUCAAAUUCUCUGUAUCUAAUGCAGAGUGUAUUAUUAUGUUACCUCUGUUUUCAGAAACAUUUACUUUGUUUCUGUUAUGAAUAAAUAUGCUAUUUCGAUA